AUGAGUUUAUUUUGGGCUCAAAAAUUACGUGGCCAGUUUAACAACUCAGCAUUUCGAUUUACCAAUCAAUCAGAUCACAUAUUUAUCGCUCUAUCGCUUAUUGUUAGUUUGAAUAAUGUUCUUCGAUUUCCAAUUAUUUGUUCGGAAAGCGGUGGAAUUUUAUUUUUCAUUCCGUAUGCACUAUGUCUUAUUUUUAUCACAAUUCCAUUGACCUUUUUGGAGAAUGCUUUGGGUCAAUAUAGUUCACUACCGUCAAUGCAACUAUUUUAUCAUCUUUGUCCUGCUUUCGGAGAGACAAAUAAGAAUCUAAACCAUUCUCGUUCAGAUUCAUGCUUUUUACUCGCUAAUGUUAUUAAUUUUAAAAAAAUGAAAAACUGAUU